AUGUCAACUGUUGCAGAACAUGUGCCUUUCCUUCAUUUGUGCAAAUUGUGUCAGAAAAUUUCCGAGAAAAAAGGAAAUGAGAAAAAACUUCAGCCUUUGAAAGAUUUCAUAGAUUACUGGAGAAAUUUCCAUAACAAACUUCAUUCAAGUAAUCCUACCACAACAGAUUCAUUUUUUCCUGCAUUACGCCUUUUGCUUCCUCAGUGUGAAAGACAACGAGCAGCAUAUGGAAUUAAAGAGUUUACUUUGGCAAAACUGCUCAUUGAUAUCUUUUGCUUGGAUAAAAAUGGAGUUGAUGCAAAGAAACUUAUCAAUUAUCGCUCACCAAAGACUGCAAAUGCGGAAGCAGGUGAUUUUGCUAGUGUGGCCUAUUUUGUUUUAAAAAAUAGGAGUCCAGAGAAUGGGACAUUAAAAGUGCAUGAUGUUAAUUUUUAUCUGGAUAACAUUGCUUCUAAUCAUGCAGAAAGAAAUAAAGAUGAUUUGAAAUAUGAUCUUCUGUACUUGCUUCGAAACACUUCUGCUCUUGAGCAAAAAUGGCUGAUAAGGAUUAUUCUGAAAGACAUGAAAUUAGGGAUCAGUGAAAAUAGCGUUCUCAAAGCCUUCCAUCCAGAUGCUAUAGAUUUAUACAAUGUUACUAAUAGUUUAGAAAAGGUUUGCUGUAGUUUAAGAAAUCCCGCUGCUCGUCUGCAUGAAAUUGAAAUAAGUCUUUUUUCUCCAUUUCGUCCCAUGUUGGCAGAAAUUGCCCUGCCAAGCCAAGUUGAAGGCCUCAUGAAGAAUCAACCAUUUAUUAUUGAAACCAAAUAUGAUGGUGAAAGACUGCAACUUCACAAGGAUGGAAAUAGUUACAUGUAUUUUUCACGAGGGGGACAUGAUACUACAGAAAGUUAUGGAAAUUCUCCUUUGAGUGGCAAUCUCACCCCUCACAUACAUCGAGCUUUUAAUCCUGGAAUUUCAAAAUGUAUACUUGAUGGUGAAAUUGUUAUUUAUAGCAGCAAACUUAAUUGUAUAGUUUCCAAAGGUGAAAAUGCUGAUGUACAAGCUAUGCAACCUGAUGGAGAUUAUGGGCCUUGUUUUUGUGCCUUUGAUGUUUUAAUGAUAAAUGGCAGGGUGUUGAGUAAUCUGCCCCUAACGGAAAGAAUUAAGCAAAUGAAGGAUGUUUUUACACCAAUUGAAAAUAAAAUACGCACUACAGAGCAAAUAACUGCAUUGACAAAUGAAGAAGUUACUGAAGAACUCAAUAAAGCAAUUGAUAACAGAUUGGAAGGUCUUGUCAUUAAGGACCCAACAUCCAUCUAUAAACCUAAUAUGCGCAAAAAAGGUGGCUGGCUCAAGGUUAAACCUGAAUACAUAGACAAUUUAAUGGAUGAACUGGAUCUCUUGAUCAUUGGUGGCUAUUUUGGAGAGGGCAGGAGAUCCAAUUUGAUAUCCCAUUUUUUAUUGGGUGUGGCUUCGCCUGAAAAAAUUGAUGCUGAACCAACAUGUUUUUACUCCUUUUGUAAAGUUGGUUCUGGUUACUCACUUAAAGAGCUCUAUGAAUUAUCUGGAAAAAUCAGUGCACAUUGGCAGGCAUACAAUCCAAAGAAACCUCCUAGUUGUCUUAUAAUUGGUGGUGGGAGAAAAGAACAGCCCGAUGUGUGGAUUCAACCAUCUCAGUCUCAGAUUGUGCAAGUGAAAGCUGCAGAAAUUAACCGUAGUAAAUCCUUUGCUACAAAUUGCACUCUUCGUUUCCCGAGAGUUGAGAAAAUACGUUAUGACAAGCCUUGGUAUGAAUGCAUGACUACAACAGAGUUGGAGGAGCUGCGAAAUCUUGCACAAGGAAGAUUAGCAACAAGAAACCUAACAAAUGAGGAUGAAGAACCUUCACCUAAGAAGCAGAAACUUCAGAAGGAGAAUAAGAAUGCUAUGUCUGUUGCGCCUCACUUUCGUCCUACAGAUAUAAGAGAUGUUCAAAAGGUUUCUGAAAUUUUUAAAGAUAAAGAAAUGUGUGCCAUAUCGUCAACUCUUGAUGGGAAACAGAAAACAGAAAAAUUGAUUGCCCAGCAUGGAGGAAAAUUUGUACAAAACCCAGGUAAAGGAACAUUUUGCAUUAUUACUGACAAAAUAACAGCUAAAGUAAAGAAUUUAAUAAACACCAAACUGUAUAAUGUUGUUUCAAUUGACUGGUUUCAUCGUUGCCUUGAAAAUCAAGUUUUGUUGCCUUGCUUAUAG